UUUCGACACAAACAGUGAUGUAAAUUGUGUCUCUUGGUUCAUAUAUUAUACUAUGAAUUCUAUGACUCGAAACAUUUUAAAUAUAUUAUACUAUGAAUUCUAUGACUUGAACACUUUAAAAUUAACGGGUGAGAGAAAUAAAAACAACCUGUUAACACACAUGAAAGAUAUAAACCUUUAACAAAAACCAAAAUCCAGCAGUCAAUUAUCCUUAAAGAUGAUAGAGUUGAUCGAGUACAUAAUUAAUAUAUGUUUUAUUGAUCUUGCUUACGGUAAAAUUAUUAAAAAUGUUGGCAUCCUAAUAAGCUCACAGGUUUAAAAGAGAUUUAAAAACAUUUCACAUACGAAACACCUAAAUAACCAUACUUCAGUACACCACCUCAAUCGUAUUAGAAUACAAAUCUUGGUAAAGCAAAGACUAUAACAAAAUACUACAUCACCUAUACAUAUUCCCCGCGCUUGAGCAGAAACUACGCCCCUAGAUGCCUUCGGCGGGCUCUCCAGCUUAGAUCUGGUAGACGAUCAAUUUGUUGAACUAAUAACUAAAAAUUUAGAAGCUCUUCCGAUAACGGAAAAAAAACAACCUAACGGUUGAGUUAGAAGCUGAAAAAUCUUAUGUUCCAAGACCCACAAAAUUUCAAACCCAAAAAAUUUAAACCCAGUUUACUUUAUCACUUUAUCGAAACAUAAAGCUAUACCAAUUUCUUUUUUUGGUCUGCGAUUGAAUUUUUUUUUUUAAACCACAAAACUAUUUUUAUUAAAAAACCGCUAAACCUCUACAUUAAAUAAUUCUAUAACAAUAUAAAUAUAUAAAUAUCUCCACUUAUUACUUUAAUUUUACAAAAAAAAAUAUACUUUCAUUUGAGAAGCUUCACAAUAAAAUCCGUGUAAACUAAGAAAACUAUUUUAUUUACUGUACAUAUACAUUUAAAAUUUUAAAAAUUAAAAUUUAAACCCUUUUCCUUACACUAUUUGGACCGUAAAUUAACAAUUACAUAAGUUCGGUUAUUUUUUAUCAUUAAACUGUAAAUCACACUAAAGGUCAAUCAAAUCUAUACCAAUAUAAGAUAAAAGAAAAUAACAAUACAAAUGAAUACUAUGGUCAUUGUUAGAUCUAUCUAAUCAACAUGUGUAACUUUCGAUCAUCCAUUCGUAGACAAUUAUAGACAACAUGACCAAAUAAACUUUUGUCAAAAAACAAACAAUACAAUUACAUACACAAAACAACACAAUGCAUCGACAACGUACCCAGCUCCGCGUUUGGCUAAACCCCUAGUGUAAUCAAUUCACUUGCAGUUCCUACAUCCCAAUGUAACUGCAUGGUAUUUAUCGAAGUUUCAUGUCAAAAAUAGUUUGAUAAUAAACAUAUUAUUUUUUUCUAUAAGCAUUUAGUCCGCUAAACAAAAGCAAAAUGUUUUCAUUUUUCCAGCAACAUUUGAAGAGUUUACUGUUAGUGACGUGAUAAUUCUGACAUAAUUUUGAAAUCUAAUGUAGCUACUAACUAUUCCUUAAAUUGAAGGAUAUUCUUAACACCUUUCCACACCUUUCCACACACAUUCUCCAACUCUAGUGACAUAAACCAGUAUUUAAACACUAAACAAGUGGUUUUUAUUUUUAUUUUAAUUUUUAAUUUUUAAGUAGAUUAUUUUAGUUUGUUGGAAAACAUGAGUGGUGAUUUUAAAUUUUUGUUUUUGUUUUUCUAAUAUGAUUAAUGAUUCUAAUAAGAAGUACAUUAUUUUAUUACUGAAUUUAAAUUCAAAUUAUUAUUAUUAUUAUUUUGUGAUAAAUAUAUAUUUGAGAUAACUAUAUAAUUUAUUUCAAUUUUAUAAAAUAUUAGAGGUUAUCACUAAAAUAGUUAUUCUUAUAGACUACCAAGAGGGUUAUAUAAAAUUGCUAUUAAUACUCAAAUAUACAAAGGAAAUAUAUUGUUAAAAGCUAGAAAAUUGAAAAAAAUGUUGAAAAUCGAGUUUCCCUAGAUCUCUUGUUACAAAAAAAAAGGAAAUCUAUUUCUCAAAAUCUUAAUGGCUUAAAAUAGAUUUUCUGAAGAAAAAAAAACCAGAAACUGCUACAGAAUCCGUCAACAAUCCACACCAUAAUCUCCACUAGUAUCCCCCACUACUCAAAAAUCAACCGUUCACUCUUUCACCCAAACAACCCACACUCUUAAAAACACACACGAAAACGUUUCAAAACAUAAUUAUCAAAUUCGAAUCACAUUCACUAGAGAGAAAAACAAAAACUAAAAUCACAAAAAUGUUUCGAGUAAGCAACUUCGUUGUGGGUGUAGCCAACACGUUGGUGAUGUUAGUGGGCGCAUCAGCCAUCGGUUACUCCAUUUACAUGUUCGUUCAUCAAGACGUGACCGAUUGUGAAUCAGCCAUUCGUGCACCACUCCUCACGACCGGGAUCAUCCUCUUCUUGGUGUCUUUAAUAGGAGUGAUAGGAUCUUGCUUCAAGGAGAAUGUCGCAAUGGUCUCCUACUUGAUCAUACUGAUUGCGGGCAUUGUUGCGUUACUGGUUUUCUCGAUAUUUCUCUUCUUUGUGACCAACAAAGGAGCCGGUCAUGUGGUCUCUGGUCGAGUGUAUAGAGAGUACCAUACGGUGGACUUCUCGACUUGGCUAAACGGUUUUGUUGGUGGGAAGAGAUGGGUUGGUAUAAGGUCUUGUCUCGCUGAGGCUAGCGUUUGUGAUGAUUUGAGUGAUGGUCGUGUUAGUCAGAUCGCUGAUGCGUUUUAUCACAAGAACUUGUCUCCAAUCCAGUCAGGUUGUUGUAAGCCACCGUCGGAUUGCAACUUCCAGUUCAGAAACGCGACGUUCUGGAUGCCGCCGGCGAAAAAUGCAACGACGGUUGCGACGGACAACGGUGAUUGCGGUGCGUGGAGUAACGUGCAAACGGAGUUAUGUUUUAACUGCAACGCAUGCAGAGCGGGUGUGUUAGCCAACAUAAGAGAGAAGUGGAGGCAUCUUCUGGUUUUCAACAUAUGUCUCCUCGUACUCCUCAUGACCGUCUGUUCAUGCGGUUGCCGUGCUCGUCGUAACAAUCUCGCCGCUACCGAAAGUGACCGUGCCUGAUCACACUAUGUUUUAAGUUGUGUCUUUUUAUUAUGCCUUUGUUAAUUAGUUUCUGUUAAUUAUCUUUUGUUUUCUUAGGAUUGUCAUGUUUGUUUCGAACCAAAUCAUAACUCCUUUAUUGUAUAAUUAUCCAAACUUUUUAAUGACUUGUCAGUGACAAGUGAUUAUGCACGAUCAUUUCUAAGUUGGUUUGUUUGAAUGAUUUGUUAGUGAUUUAUUAAGGAUUGGCCUCUUAACCGGGUAUCACGGUUGCGGAUGGACUCACAUUUCUAUUCAUACGUUCGUUUCGUUUCUUAGGACGUCGUCAUGUUUGGCUACACAAAUAAACAUAACAAUCGUCAUG